AUGACCAAGUCCCAAGAAGACGAUCAGUAUACUCCCUCCUCGGAGCAGGUAGAGAAGGCGGAACACGGCGGUAUUCUAGCCGUCGACGUCAACUACAACGCCCAUGCUGUCAAGGGGGACGAUUCCGAUGGAGUUGUUGAUUGGACCUGGCGCCAUGCCAUUGCCUCCAUCUCUCUCGCCGGGCUAUACGUAGGCGCCCAGGUUCCGCUUUACUUUGUAGGUGGCUCCCUCACCUACAUAGUCAAAGACAUCGGAUCCUCCGAAAAGUCCUCAUGGCUACCCAUCGCCAACACGCUGACCAUCGCCGUCGUGGCGCCCUUUGUCGGAUAUCUCCAAGAUCUCUUCGGUCGACGCUACAUUUCGCUCGCUGGCGGCGUGACCAUUCUUAUCGGUGUCAUUCUCGUUGGCACAACGCAUACCUUUGGUCAGGCGGUUGUUGGUAUGGCCUUUGCCGGUGCUGGAGCUGCUGUCGGUGAACUCACCGCUCUUGCUGGGUUUGUGGUCUCCUCUCUUCCCUAA